GAUAUCCUGCAGGUCACCCCCAUCAGCCGAAGACGGUUUGGAUGCCUGCCCCUCCUCCUUUGCCCAACUGUCCUCCCGGAUUGGAAUAUUUAAGCCAGAUUGAUCGGCUGCUGCUUCAUCAAAGGAUUGAGAUUGUAGAAAUAUUAACUGCCUUUGAAACGUGUAACCGCUACGAAAUAAAAAAUGACACUGGUCAUCUAAUGUACUACGCACUGGAGGAGAACAACUUCUGUACCCUGUUUUGGUGGGGAACAGCUCGGCCAUUUACCAUCAGAAUCUUCAACAACUUGGGUCAAGAAAUCAUCCAGUUGACACGGCCACUUCGGUGCUCCAGGUGUUGUUUUCCUUGCUGUUUGCAAAAGCUCGAAGUCCAGGCUCCACCUGGCACUCCCAUUGGGUAUGUUAUACAAAACUGGGACCUCUGCCUGCCUAAAUUUACUCUCCAGAAUGAAGCCCACGUGGAUAUACUUAAAAUUGUUGGGCCUUUCCUUGUAUGCAGCUGUGGGGCAGAUAUUCUAUUUGACCUGAUGUCACUGGAUGAGGAAUCGAAUGUUGGCAGAAUCUCUAAGCUGUGGGGUGGCCUCGUGAAGGAAAUGUUUACAGAUGCUGAUGACAUUGGGGUCCAGUUUCCCCUGGACCUUGACAUUAAAAUGAAAGCCGUCACGCUUGCAGCCGCCUUCCUCAUAGAUUUCAUGUAUUUUGAACACAGUCACGAGAAUCGUCAGCGAAUUGUAGCUUGGUGA